AUGACUGACAUGAAGACUCUAAAGCUGGCGAGGAGAAAUCUGAAGGGACAAUUGACGAGGACAUUAACAUCCAUUGUCAAUCUCUCUGAUGAAUCUGCAGACCUUAGUCUUCUGAAGCAGUACAUCAGCAAGGCUGAAGAACAGUUUGUAAAGGUGGAAGAGAAGCAUGCAGAGCUUGUACAGUUCAUAGAGAAAGACGAGGAAUUUGAGGCUGAGGAAGUGUGGAUGACCAACUGCGAGACAGACUUUGUCCAGAAGUUAACUGCUGGUAGGAGAGUUCUCAGCAAGCAGUUGUCGCCACCACCAGUACAGCAGACAUCCGAGCAACAGCAGAACGUGACACUCCCAAGCUCUCCUCUCCGCACCUCCUUUCAGAAUCAAUCUGCAGGUGCCUGUGCCCCUAGGAUGGCGAGACUGAAACUACCAUCAUUUAAUGGUGACAUCAAAGAUUACCGGAGAUACAAGGAAAUGUUCCAACACUGCACAAGGGAAUUGUCAGAAAUUGAGUGUUUUUUCCAGUUAGCGGAGUCAAUGGUGUCUCAAAGGGAGAGAAACUUGGUCAAAAGCUGUUCAAGCGUAGCAAGGGCAUGGGAGAUGCUGGAUGAACGUUUUGAUGACAAGGACCGAGUGGUGGACAGUUUGCUACAAGAUUUGGAUGGUCUCAAGCCAUACGAGUAUAAAGGAAAGGUGAAUCUUCCAGCAAUGGCGCGAUUCAUCCAGGUACUUCAGAACUUUGAAUGCCAGGCGGAAACCAUCGGCCUGGCUGGGGAGCUCAAUAGCAGAAUCAUGCUUACCCAAAUAAAACAGAAACUCCCAGAAGAUCACAGAAUGGACUACUACAAAAGUGUUCGGGAUGAGAAUGCUGACGACUCCAUUUCGGGAUUAAGCAAGUGGCUGUUCCGACAGCAAAUUCUUAUGGAGAAGUCCAAAGCCACCAUCGCAGAUAGUAUGGAACCAAAAAGAGUUUCUAAGUCCUUGACUGCAGCCGUGUCUUGGGACUCCAGAGAGGCUCCUUCAUAUGCUCGUGAUAUCCAGAAAUGUGCGCUACACCCUAAGAACUCCUCUCAUUACCUCAAGAUCUGCAACAAGUUCAAAGCCCUAACACUCAAGGAGAAGUAUGAAGUCAUGAAAGCAAAUGGUGUAUGUUUCCGUUGUGGUCAUAACAACUGUAUUGCAGGGAAACCCCCUCAUGACCGCAGCAAGUGCCAGUUCAGGGCACCAUGCCGAGUCCAGACAUGUGGUAGUGACGAGCACUUUCCUGCCAUCUGUCCCAAAGCCCAUGGUGAUGCCAGAGAUAAGGAUCAGAGAAGUGGCUAUGCUAACCAGGCAGACUCUGUGAGGCCCGCUCAGUCUAACAGCUCCAUACAGACUUCUACAAUCAACCAUGUAGGGAAACUGCAUGCUACCUUACCUACCGUGAUGGGAUAUCUACGAUGUGGCAGCAAACGACACCUAGUACGCAUUCUGUUGGAUGGAGGCAGUCAGGCCACACUCGUGAGAACAGGAAUCUUUCCCAGAAUGGAGGGUGAUCUUUUCCAGGAUCAUGACCUUAGCCUUGUUGGCGGCAGUAAUAUCAAGCGGAAGCUGAGAGUCCUUGAUUGUGAGAUUGAGGAUUUACAAAGGAGUUGGUCUUAUCCGUUGACAGCUACUGAGAUAGAUAAGCCAUGCGGGAAUACACCUGUCAUUUUCCCUGAGCAUCUACAGUCCUAUGACCACUUGACAGGUGUAGAGAUAGAUGUGGCCCCAUCACCAGUCAUUGACCUGCUGCUUGGAGUGGACAAUACUCACCUUAUGGUAUGGGAACAGUACAUCAGGGGAAGCAGACCAGAUGAGCCAGUUGCAGUUAAAUGUCCUCUAGGUUGGUUUGUUCAAGGAGGCCCAGCAGCUAAUGCAGCACCACUCCUCAACUACGUCAGUGUAGCUGCUUCAGGUUCCCUGGAGGAGUUCAUUGGACUCGAGACAGCUGGUUUGGAGCCCAGGAAAUGUAAAUGCUUCUCUGAUGACGAGAAAGGAACUGAAUCCAUGCAGAAGAGUGUUACUCAGCUACCAGAUGGCUCUUAUGAGGUUCGCUUACCUUGGAAGCGAUCUCCGGAAGAACUACCAGACAACUAUGACUAUGCAGUUAAAAGGCAGAAGAGCCUGGAGAACCAGUUCCGAGACCGGCCUAAUGAGUGGGAAGUCUAUUGCCGGCAAAUGAGAGACCAAUUGGAAAGGGAUGUCUCCCGGCAGGUUUCACAGGACGAGUUGCAACAAGACAGGAAUGUAGGCAGAAGGAUGUGGUUUCUUCCACACUUUGGGGUUGUUAAAGACUCAAAAACAACUCCAGUCCGGGUAGUUUAUGAUGGUAAGGCGAAGUUCCAAGGGCGUUCCCUGAAUGACUGUCUCAUCAAAGGAGAGAAUGUUAACUCAAAUCUUCUCGAGGUGGCCCUCCGGUUCCGUGAAAAUGAAGUGGGCAUGAUCGCAGACAUAUCCAAGAUGUUCCAGGCUAUUAAGAUUUCACCAGAGGAUGCUCGGUUCCACAGCAAUCAUCACCCUCAGACAUGUGGCUCGUGA